AUGAGAGGACCAAGAAGAGCAGGCCUAUAUAAUGGGAAGAAAAUGACAGAGAGCUCAAGAGAGGAAAUCAGACUGCAAAGAUUCAACCAAGAUCUGUUAAAACCAGUUAAAAAUGACUCAAGGAUCUAGACUGUACUUUGCAGUGGCUGUUCUGAUGUGUGCGUUUGUCUCCAUCAACGGUGUCGGUCUGAAUGAUUUACUGGAGCGAGCCUCUCAACUCUCAGACAAACUUCACUCUCUCAGCACCUCUCUCACUAAUGACCUGGAUUCUCACUUUCCUCCGGUUGGAAGGGUAAUGAUGCCCCGUCCGUCGAUGUGCCACACAUCCUCCCUUCAGAUUCCCAAUGACAAAGACCAAGCCCUGAAAGUCCCGGAGGAUGAGCUGCUGUCUCUGGCUCGUUCUCUGCUGCUGGCGUGGUCCGAUCCCCUUGCCCUUCUGUCCUCUGAGGCGUCCAGCCUGGCACAUCCAGAAAGCAACACCAUUGACAGCAAGACCAAAGAGCUGCAGGACAACAUCAACAGCCUGGGAGCAGGUCUGGAGCACGUCUUUAACAAGAUGGACUCAACUUCAGACAACCUGUCCUCUCUCCCUUUUUACAUCAACAGCCUCGGCCAGGAUAAAACCUCCCGACUUGUCAAUUUCCAUUUCCUGCUGUCCUGUUUCCGCAGGGACUCUCACAAAAUUGACAGUUUCCUCAAAGUUCUCCGCUGCCGGGCAGCCAAGAAGAGACCUGAGAUGUGUUAGAGAGGAAAUGCUGUGCUCUGCUUCUCUCAGUGUGCAUGUGACGUUAAAAUGGCAAAGCAGUGAGUGAUCAGAAAAAUCACUUCUUUUUAAUAUCCU